AUGUUCGAUAAAGAAAAAUGCAAAAAGCCAGAUCCUCCAACCUAUGGUACCAUCAAAUGUGACGAUAAAUUAAUCGUGGGAUCAAAAUGCGAGUUUAAAUGUGAAGAAGGAUACGAAAUGGUUGGAAAACCAAGACGAUUUGCGAAAAAGCUGGAACCAAAAUGCACGCCACACCCCCCGAAACCAGAAGAUGGAUUUGUUGAUUGCGAUAACGUCGUUGCAACCGCCGGAACAAUCUGUCAAUACAAAUGUAAGAGUGGACAUAAGCUAAUUGGCUCAGAGAAUACAGUCUGUGAAGAAACAGCCAGAGGUGUCGUAGAAUGGAGCCACAAGGCACCAACGUGCAAAAAAACUUGCGAAAAACCUGAAACAAUAGACCACGGUACAGUCAAAUGCGACAAACCGGACAAAUCAUUAAUUGAAGGAGCCGUUUGCGACUUCGAAUGCGACGAUGGUUUUAAUAUGAAAGGACAGAAAAAUGCGAUAUGUAAGGCUGAUGGAACAUGGAGUGCUAAGCCCCCAACUUGUGAAGAACCAAAAGAAUGCGAGAAAUGGAAUGAAUUUGAGAACGGAAAGAUGAGUUGCAAACCAAAGACAAAAUUCGUUGAAGGAACCAGAUGCGAUUUUAAAUGCGACGAUGGCUACGUUAUGAUUCCAGGAUGGAAAAAUUACACAAUGUGCAACGCUAGUUUAGUCAGUACUGAAGUCGGUUUAAAGACAGAGUUACAUUGGACAAACCAAUUACCGUGCUGCGGAAAAGUGACGUGUGACAAAGAUGCCAAAAUGGAUCUCGUAAUCGUCAUGGAUUCUUCGGGAUCAAUUAACCCACUCGGAAAAAACGGUCCCGACUAUUAUUCGAAAAUGAAGAACUUCCUUGUCGAUUUGAUUGAUGGCUUCAAGGGAGAUGGAUUCCAUUUUGGUGUUGUAAGAUUCAACACUGUGGUUGUAAAAGAAGACACAAUUUUACUCGAUAAAUAUAUUGGAAACAAAGCAGGGAUUAAGAAAGCUAUCCUAGGUUUCGAUGGACCUGGCGGAAAAACAGCCACUGCAGCGGCUAUUAAAUACGUCCGCAAGGAGGUUUUGCCAAGCGGAAGAGAAGGUGUUUCAGACGCAAUUCUAGUGGUGACUGAUGGAGCAGCCACUGACGUUAAGGAUCUUCCGGCGGAGAUAAAAGCCAUUAGAGAUGGAGGAGUUGAUACUUUCGCACUUGCGAUUGGCCCGAAAGUUGGUGAAACAGUUGACAUAAUCGCUGGAACUGAUGACAAUAAGAUAAUAAUCAGUGAUAUGGAGGGUCUUACAAAAGAAUUGAUAGAUAAAGUCCUUAGCAAGUUCUGCUCUAAUACAUGUGAAGGAAAGUAGACGAAGACUGGUGACGGACUUUGGGUUUCCCACGAAAAUCCAUCAUUAAUAUUAUGCUUAUAGACUUGGUAUUAUUGACAAAAAAAACCUAAGCAGGUGAAAAUGAGGUUGAAAUUUAACUUUGGUGCUUGUUCUUCUAUAUUCCUAUUGGGAGAGAACGCAUGAAAUACUCCCUCAGGAAAAUAUAAACAGUAUCAUGUAUCCCUAAAGGCUCAUAUAAAGAUAUGCUUUUUAUUUCACUUGUAAUAUGCUCUCGUUUUUAUAUUAUGACGUCAAUUUAUUGUUAUGUGACCUCACCUUUAUUAUGACGUCAUUUUUAGUGUUAUGUGACCUCACCUUUAAUAUGAUGUCAUUUUCAUUGAUAUGUGACAUCACCUUUAUUAUGACGUCAAUUUUAUUGUGUCUUCCAAUAUUUAUAUCAUUGUUCCCACAGUGAAGUCCAGACUACUCAGUCUUUACUAUUUCGUGAAAUUAAAAGGGAAAACGGUUUUUAAAAUCUUGCGUUUUUGUCUAUGAUACCAAGCUGAUUAUUUUAUAUUUACAGUGUUUAUGUCCAAUAGAAUAUUCAGAUUCCAUGAUUUGGGUCUGGUGGAUUUUCGUGGCAAAUAUAUAGGAUUUGAUUUACUAAUUAACACAUUUGAUCUGUUUACUUAUAGGAUCAAUUGUCUUUGUUUUUCAUGACAACACCUACGUUCUUUGCUCAUACUCAGCCAUAUAUGUGUCUCUUACAUGCAAUAAUAUUUAGUAUGGACAUUAGUUGCUUUAGUAUAGCUUUGUUGCGAUGUUUAAUGCUAACAUUUUCAAUUGUGUGGUUAGUAUAAUACAAACCCUAUUCAAAACCCUAUGAUAUUUUAUAAGACAAAUGAACGACAUUUAUUUCUAUCAUUAUUUGUGUAUUCGAUACUAAAAAGUACAUAGAAAUAUUGUUUAUACGGAGAAUACUGCAAUAAAACGUAUAAAAAAUGUGA